AUGGACUUCUUGAGGUCUGGUCUAUUAUUCUGGACCGGUUCUGGUUUUGGCGCCGCUCCAAACAAACCUGACGAGAACAGGUCGUUUGACGAGAAGGUAGCGGCAGCGGCCGGUGCUGGUGCUGGCGCUGGUGUAGGGGUGCUGCUCAGAGACUCCAGCAGCGAAGGUGUUUGUUGCACCGGCUGUGCUGGCUGUGCUGGCUGUGCUGGAGCAACUGUUUGGGCAGACUGGGCAACUGCUGGAGCCUUAGCGUCGGGCUCGCUUGGUGCGCCGCAUCUUGACCAAAAACCCGUGAUUGUCCUCGUCGCUCAUCUCAGAAACCUGCUCGGGACACCGCAGAAUCGAAAUGUUGCCGAACUUGUCGCCAACAACCACCGUGUCGUAGUCCAGUUGCAACAUCCUGGUCACGUGCCGCUGAAUCGAGUCGUCGAUAAAGUCCACAAAAACGUUUUCCAGCGGUUUGAACACGGCAAACCGCACGCUAUCGCGCACGUCGGCCACCACCACGCGGAAUCCCUGUGUUUUCAGGUCGACGAUCUGGAAACAGUCGAGUCUUGUGCUCGACCGUUUGACCAGCUGUUUGAGUCCAACGUCGUACAGGAUCAGCUCGUUCUCGCAUCCAGCAAGCAGUCUUCCCUGAAACGGAGUCAGCGCACAAACAAUGUGGUCUGUUUUCGUCCUCUGGAACAGCUCCAACGAUCCGUUCGAGGCAAUCUUGUACAGACUGAUGAACGCGCCGUUGUUGUUCCGCGAAGGCAGCUUCAAACCCUGUGCAGACGAAACAGCAAGGAAAGGUUGGCCCUCCUUACUGUCAAAGUUGACCCAACACGCGCGCAACACCGUUUCGUUGGCCAUCUCCACCGUUUGCAAAACUCUUUUCUCUGCCACCGAAAUAGCUUGGAUACAGCUUGCCCAUUGGCCCUCGACCCUGUCGUAGCCAAACUGCUGGUACUCCUCAGACUUGUCUUCGUCAAUAUGGCCCUUGGUGUCCAUAUCGUUCUCCAAAAUGUACAUGAUCCCGUUCUUGUCGGUGCAGUCACAAAGAUGUCUUGGGGUGUACCGCAGACCGAUAUUCUCUAUCAGUGUGUCGUUCUCCAGCUGAUCAAUGGUCAAGAUGACCAGGUUGUUCCCGUAAACGGCCAAAACACCGUUUUCUGGGAUAUCCUGACUCUUCAGCGAACAAACGUCUUCGAAAACCGGUUUGGUCAGAGGAGUGAUUUUAAACUCGGACGGCCGAGAGUAUCCCAGAUAGGUUCGCGACGACAAGAUACAAACAGCGUUCUGUCCUGUCACUUCCAGCUUGGACAGCUGCACUCCACGGGGACCGGUGUACUUGUUUCUUGGGUUUGA